UAGACUCCUGCGCCCGAGGGGACCCUUGCUCUCCAUGGGGCUGAGGGACUGGCUGCGGACCGCGUGCUGCUGCUGCCCGUGCAAGUGUCUGGACGAGCCUGCCCUGCCCGAGAAGGAGCCCCUGGUCAGUGGUAAUAGUCCAUAUUCCUCAUUUGGAGCAACUCUGGCAAGGGAUGACGAAAAGAAUUUGUGGAGUCUGCCUCAUGAUGUAUCCCACACAGAGGCAGAUGAUGACAGAAUCCUGUACAAUUUGAUAGUCAUUCGUAAUCAGCAGGCCAAAGACUCAGAGGAGUGGCAAAAACUUAACUAUGAUAUCUAUGCCCUGCGGCAGAUUCGAAGGGAAGUGAGAAACAGAUGGAAACGCAUUUUAGAAGAUUUGGGUUUUCAAAAGGAAGUGGAUUCUUUGUUGUCGGUGACUAAACUCAGCACCAUGAGUGAUUCUAAAAACACAAGGAAAGCUCGAGAGAUGCUGCUGAAACUGGCUGAAGAGACCAGUAUUUUUCCAAGAAGCUGGGAGCUCUCAGAGAGAUACCUGUUUGUCGUGGACCGUCUUAUUGCUCUUGAUGCUGCAGAAGAGUUCUUUAAAAUUGCUAGUCGAACUUACCCCAAAAUGCCUGGGGUCCCUUGCCUGGCUGAUGGCCAGAAAGAACCACACUACCUUCCAUUUCCAAGUCCCUAAAGGAGACUAAGAGGCAGAAUGGGAAUCCUUCCACUCGGACUCAACAGCAAACCAAAGUUGGAUGUUUGCACGUAGAAGAUUGCCAGCAAGUAGAGGGCCUAAUCAGAAAUAAUCCUGAGCUCUACAACAAUGUCGGGUUUUUGUGAGGACUUCUAAGAAAUGUUCUGGUUUCAUUGAAGCAUCCUGGUGAUCUUGCAUCUAGAAAGAAAGUUGAAGAGUUGGUCAGUGGGGGAAUUCAUGAUGGUAAUUAGAUUCUAAGAGCCCAUUGUCCCAACCUUCAUUUUGGUUGUACAAUAAGCUCCGAUCAUUGGUCCUAUUUGGGGAAUAGGAUAUUCUAAUUACUAAAGCAAUAGAGCUAUCAUUGAGCCCCAAAUAAUUAGAAUAAAACAUAGGCUAACCCCUCAUCUCAAAAGACUAGGCAUUAUGUGGCCUCUCUUUGAUUUGGAAAAGCCUGCAGAACAUUGGAGGGUGUCCCAAGUGUCAUUCUCAAUAUCAGUUAUGAUUAUUGAUGAAUCGGUAGAAAGGCCCAGGAGAGAUGCUCAGAAGUGGAUUCCAGCUAGCAUGGCCUUUAGGCAAACUUCUUGUCACUACAGAUGAAAAGUUCUGUCUUCUUAUGCGGUACAUGCAUCUUAACACCCUCAACUUUGUUAUCUGGUGACCUCAUUUUUGCAUAUUGUCCAUUUCUAGUUCAAAGCCCCUGACAUUUAACUGGGAUAGCAUCUGUAAACUGAAGAUGUGUGACCUUCACUUCCUUCUCUUGUCUUUAAUCUGUUUCCGACUUGUGAGCCAAGAGUCUCACCUGCCCAGGGAGCACCUAUGCAGACCUGCAGAUGUGCAGGAAGCAAGGCUAUUGCUGGGCUUUCUUUGCAGAUGAUUUUCACAUUGGAGCAAUGCUAUCCACAGAGCUUGCUUCUGUCCACAGCUUCAAAAGUUACUUGCCACUUAAGCAAGGAGCUUGCCAAGAGACUGUGGUUCAUUUUGUUGAAAAGCCUUUAGGGAUGUGUAGGAUUUAUCAGUAGAGUGCUGAGAACAAUGGCAAUAUUAUUAUUAUUAUUAUUAUUAUUUUUUACAGAUUUUGCACUUCUGACUUCAGGUUAAAAACUAACUUGUAUUAGUCCAAGAAAUUGUGACUUGAAAAUUUUCAUAACAUGAUUAACUUUUUGGGUAGUGUCUACUAUGUUUAAAAUAUUUCCUAAAAGAUACAUGUUCUCCAUUUAUUAAUGCAUUACAGGACAAUUUAGCUGAUGUGUUUCUGGAAAAUCCUUUCUAGUUUAAUAAAUAAACUAAAAGUUUUAUUUAAAAAAUAUUUAGUACUUAAACUCUUGUCUCAUGUUGUUUAAAAUUAGCCUGCAGAUAUUUUCCUCACUUCUGUAGGCUCUUGGAAGAUAAACAUACAAAUAGCAAAACAAGCAAUAAAAUAAAAAGAUAAUCUUAGAAUGUCAUAUGGUUUUAAUAUCUGCACUCAGAAUUUAUAUUUUGUCUUUCUGACUUUUUCAAUGUCAAAGUAGAUGAGAUUAUUUGCAUCUAUGGAGUUAUAAAUUGUUACCAUAGUUUUUAUUUUUGGUAAUGAACCAGUAAGAAUAAGAUUGUCUGUAUGAUUACUAAAAUACAUGGAAUUAUCCAGAAAUUUUUUU